AACCUCCGCAGUGGUCUCGGUUGGGCAGGACAAGCUGAGGGUCUUCGGUGCGCAGUAGUUGAUAUUCAAAGUGAAAGUAAACGCUGACUUCAAGAAAUCCCUAAAACUAAAGGAUUAUAAGAUGGCAAGCCGAUCAACCUCUUCUUCUUAUCAAAGGAUCUUCGGUGGAGAACGUCCCGCGAUGACUCGGUCAAGUUAUCAGUACAGCAGCCCUGUCCGCGCAUCCUCAACCUCGCGCGUCUCCUACAGCGCGUUCUCCGCGCCUCCAUCCGUCUACACUCAAAGGAGCUCACGAAUGCGCACCAGCGCGCCCAUGCCCAGGCUCGCCACCGAUACUCUGGAUUUCGGGGUCGCUGACGCCAUCAACACCGAGUUUAGAACCAACCGAACCAAUGAGAAAGCGGAGAUGCAGCACCUCAACGACCGGUUCGCAAGUUACAUAGAGAAAGUGAGGUUUCUGGAGCAGCAGAAUAAGAUCUUGAUGGCGGAGCUGGAUCAGUUGAAGGGUCAGGGUAAGUCCAGGAUCGGAGACCUGUACGAGGAUGAGAUGAGAGAGUUGAGAAAACAAGUGGACCAGCUCUCCAACGACAAGACAAGGGUGGAAGUGGAGCGGGACAAUAUGGGCGAGGACAUCCAGCGCCUUAAAGAAAGGCUUCAAGAAGAGAUGCUUCAAAAGGAGGAUGCUGAGAACACCCUACGGAGUUUCAGACAGGAUGUUGACAACGCCUCUCUUGCUCGUCUGGAUCUGGAGAGAAAGGUUGAGUCCUUGGAGGAGGAGAUUGCUUUCUUAAAGAAACUCCACGAUGAGGAAAUGGCCGACCUGCAAAUGCAGAUCCAGGAGCAGCAUGUGCAGAUUGAUAUGGAAGUGGCCAAGCCUGACCUCACCGCCGCACUUAAAGAUGUUCGCGUUCAGUACGAGACUCUGGCUGCGAGAAACCUCCAGGAAUCUGAGGACUGGUAUAAAUCUAAGUUUGCGGAUCUGUCCGAAGCUGCUGCUCGUAACAACGAUGCCAUUCGUGUGGCCAAGCAAGAGGCCAAUGACUACCGUCGUCAACUCCAAUCUCUCACCUGUGACAUAGAAGCUCUUAAAGGAACCAAUGAGUCCAUGGAGCGUCAGAUGAGAGAGAUGGAGGAGAGCUUUAACAACGAGGCAUCCGGAUACCAGGACGCCAUCGCACGUCUAGAGAGCGACAUUCGAAACAUGAAGGAUGAGAUGGCUCGUCAUCUUCGUGAAUACCAGGAUCUGCUGAAUGUCAAAAUGGCCCUGGACAUUGAGAUCGCCACCUAUAGGAAGCUGCUAGAGGGCGAGGAGAGCAGGAUCACCAUGCCUAUGCCCAACAUCUCGUCAUUAACCAUGCGAGAGUCUAUGAAGGAGACCAAACCUUUCAGUGACAACUUGCCUAAGCCUAAGGUGGUGAUCAAGACCAUCGAGACAAGAGACGGACAUGUUAUCAAUGAGUCCAGCCAAAAUGACAUGGAAUGAGCUGCAUCUGAGCACAAAAGGCACCAGAGAGCUGAACGCUGGUAUAGAAUAAAGAGGAAGAAUUAGAAGAAGAUUCCUUUUUUCUUGUUUCUGUUGAAAUUUUAAAAGAACAGCUUUAAAGUGCCUUUUAUUUGCAUUGCCACGUUAGAAAGGUCUGUCGAUAGAGCUGAUGCUGAUACACUGUAGGCCACUGAGUAAACCAGCGUUAUUUGAGUUUAUGUUUACCACGAUGUAUGUAGUUUACACACUGUUGAAGACCACAGCAAUACUGCUGCAAACUUUCUGUAUUGUAUACUGUAGUCAUUGCAGUUGACCAAAAACUUGAGGAGCUUUUGUUUCUUAAGAAGACCAAAGUGUCAACAAUUUUCCACAAAUCAAAUAAACCUUUUAAGUAACACGUA